CCCGCACGAAACCCAAGCCCAUCCGCCGCAUCCACCGCAUCCACCGCAUCCCCGACAUGCUGAGCGCCCCCACCAAGAUCCGCAUCGGCUGUGUGCCCGAGCACUUUUCCUCGCCCCUGUACAUUGCCGAGGCCGAAAAGCUGUUCCAGAACGAGGGCGUCGAGGUCCAAGUCGUGACCUGCCCUGGCGGCACCGGCGAGAUGAUCAAGUUCCUGAAGGAGUCCCAGAUCGACAUGGCCAUUGCCCUGACCGAGGGCCUCGUUGCCCACAUCGCAUCUAACGCGGCCGCUGGCUUCAAGAUCGUGGGCACCUAUACCGCCAAGCCGCUGACCUGGUCGAUUGCUGGCAAUCCCUCGGCUGUUCCCGAAGGCGCCAGCCCCGAGAACGUCCCGCUUGAAUUUGUCAAGGAUGGCAAAAUCGGCGUGUCGCGGAUGGGCAGCGGCAGCCACAUCAUUCCGUUCGUGCUGGCGGAUCAGAUGGGCUGGCUGCAGGACGGCGCCGCUGCACCGUUCGAGUUUGUUGUGCUCAAGGACAUCCACGGACUCAAAUCCGGCGUGCUCAGCGGUGCGGCCGAUGUCUUUCUGUGGGAGCGAUUCACCACCAAACCUCACUAUGACUCUGGAGAGCUUUACCACCUGAACAACAUCACACCUCCCUGGCCUGCGUUUAUGUUUGCCGCCAACGAUGGCAUUGUUUCCUCGCAGCCCGAUGCAGUCAAGAAGGUGCUGGCGAUUCUCAAUCAGUCAACCGCCCGUUUCAUGGCCCAGGUCGAGGGCGGCCAGUCGGUCGACUACGUCCAGCAGCGAUUCCACCAGAAGCGCGAGGAUGUCCAGGCCUGGUUCAAGACCUUAGACUAUUACGGCGACCUGACCUCGGUCCAUGAGUCCGUCAUCACCAAGUGUGUCGGUAUCCUCAAGAACGCCGGUGUGAUCAACUCCUCAGCUAAAGUCGCUGUUACCGACCUUGUUGACACUCGAAUCGCUAAGAUCGUCUAAACAGGCGUCGGUUGGCAUACCGAGGCGGGCAGCUGCCGCCUGCCCCGCGUGUUGAUCACGCUGUUCUGCACACCACGUCGGUUGCUCCUGUACAAUCAGUCAAUACAGUGCUUCCAAGACAGA